UCAUAUCCACCCCUGGUGACAACACCCUGCCCUAAAUCCUAGCAACCCUACCUAAUCAAGAUGGGGCUCCAGGCAGCCCUGUGCGGGAUUAAUGGAAUACAGUGGGGGACUCAGAAGGAAUGAGACCCUAGAAAGUGUACUUCCCUACCCCCAGGUGAGUGGCAGUGCCCAGAGGUGGGGUGAGAUUGCUUCUCCUAGCACCUGAAGGACUCUUGUCCAGGAGGCAUGAAUUCCUGGCAUUCCCUGUGACUGACAAUAGUAGAAGGGGACAAGCCCCACCUAGGGUAGUAGCCACAUCAGGGAAAGGGGCAGACGGAGCCAGGAGCCUGGGAAGGAAACAGGAUGGCAGCUGGGGCAGCGGCUGGAGUCUGGGUGUUGGUCCUUGGUCUGUGGGGGGCAGUAGUAGGCAGUCAAAACAUCACAGUCCGGAUCGGGGAGCCACUGGUACUGAACUGUAAGGGGGCCCCCAAGAAACAACCCCAGCACCUGGAAUGGAAGCUGAACACAGGACGGACAGAAGCUUGGAAGGUCCUGUCUCCCCAGGGAGGCCCCUGGGAUAGUGUGGCUCGAGUCCUCCCCAAUGGCUCCCUCCUCCUUCCAGCUGUUGGGGUCCAUGAUGAGGGGACCUUCCGGUGCCGGGUAACGAACAGGCAUGGAAAGGAGACCAAGUCCAACUACCGGGUCCAAGUCUACCAAAUUCCUCGGAAGCCAGAAAUUGUAGAUCCUGCCUCUGAACUCACAGCUGGUAUCCCCAAUAAGGUAGUGGAAAACAGCGGGAGAGGUCAAAAGUGGUCUUGUGAAUAUGUGGGGACAUGUACGUCUGAGGGAGGCUACCCCGCAGGGACUCUUAGCUGGCACUUGGAUGGGAAACCCCUGAUUCCUGAUGGAAAAGGAGUGUCUGUGAAAGAAGAGACCAGGAGACACCCUGAGACAGGGCUCUUUACACUCCAGUCAGAACUGAUAGUGACCCUGGCCCAGGGAGAAGCUGCCCGCCCCACCUUCUCUUGUAGCUUCAGUCCAGGCCUUCCCCGGUACCGAACCUUGAACACAGCCCCCAUCCAACCCAAUGUCAAGGAGCCUGUGCCUCUGGAAGUCCAACUGCUGGUGGAGCCAGAAGGUGGAGCAGUAGCUCUCAGUGGGACUGUGACCUUGACCUGUGAAGCCCCUGCCAAGCCGCCUCCUCAGAUCCACUGGAUAAAAGAUGGUAUGCCCUUGCCCCUUCCCCCCAGCCCUGUGCUACUCCUUCCUGAGGUAGGGCCUGAGGAUGAGGGGACCUACAGCUGUGUGGCCACUCACCCCAGUCACAGGCCUAGGGAAAGCCCUGCUGUCAGCAUCAGCAUCAUAGAAACAGGUGAAGAGGGACCACCUGCAGGCUCUGUGGGAGGGUCAGGGCUGGGAACUCUAGCCCUGGCCCUGGGGAUCCUGGGAGGCCUGGGAAUAGCUGCCCUGCUCACUGGGGCCAUCAUGUGGCGAAAACGGCACCAGGGAGAGGAGAGGAAGGUCCCAGACAACCAAGAGGAGGAGGAGGAGCGCACAGAGCUUAAUCAGUCAGAGGAGCCUGAGGCAGCAGAAAGUGGGGCAGGAAGGCCUUAAAGAACCCCAACAAAGACCAUGUCCAUCAGCUCCUUCACACUGUGCUGGCUCCAGACCAGCUCUCCCCUGUACAAUGUCUUCCCCACCUUGCCACACUUUCUUCCACACAAACCAUGCUAAGUAAACACUUGACACAAGUGCUCUA